AAAAAGAAAUUGAUGCUCAAGGGAAUCGAACAUGAGACCAAGCUUCCCUUGUUACAAACCUAAAGCACAAGACCACUUACGAUUUCAUUGACAUGUAUAAAUAUUAAUAGUUAAUAUUAUUAUACCUCCGAAUCAUCUUAUUCUAACCUAAUUCAUUUAUGAGUCUAAUAAACCCCAAAUUGUUUCUUCUUAAAACUUAGCAGAAUUGAAUUAGAGAUUUAGGAUGGGAGAAGAUGAUUAGGUUCAAAUUCACAAUUUGUAGUUUUCAAUUCCUACGAAGUUAUAACCUUUAGAAGCUGAAUUUGUCACAAGCAAACAAAUUUUGGUUUGGUUUCCGAAUUUGAAACCAACCCAUCGCCGCCAGAUUCAUCAUAUUUCCGUUUCUUAAAACCUAACAGAAACGAAUUAGGAAUUUAGGUUGGGAGAAGAAGAUUUGGAGUUUUAAUAAUAUUAAUUAUUAGUAUUUAUACAUGUCAACGAAAUCGUAAGUGGUCUAGUGGUUAUGCUUUGUAAUAAAAGAAGUUUUGAUCAUAGGUUCAAUUUUCUUGAACUCUAAAUUUUUAAUUCAAAAACAACGUUGUAUGAAUUUAACAGAGAUUAGAGACGGAAAUUAACCAUGUUAACUUAAUCUGUUAACCAUUUUAACGGUGUUUUAAAAAUGGUCUAAUCAAAAUAUGUUAGAGGUUAAAACAGCUAGUGAAGAUAAGUUGAUGAUUUAAAUGAUUCACGAGAAAGUUCAUGAUGUUUUUAACCAAAUUUGAAAAUAGGUUAUUUAAAUGGUAAUUUUCCCAAAACAAAAUGUGCAUUAACAUGAUUGAGGACGUAUGGCUAGCGACAAUUGUAGAGUAAGUCACAUAACAAGUGUCAUCUAACUAGACUCCAGACCUGUGCAUUAACAUGAUUGAGGACGUAUGGCUAGCGACAAUUGUCAGAGUAAGUCACAUAACAAGUGUCAUCUAACUAGACUCCAGACCUCCACUGAGCUUUUUCCCAAAACUUAUCUUCACUUUCUCGCGGUUUCUUUUGCACGAAAAUGUGUUUACCAUUUAAAUUUAAUAGAACCAUUCGUUCAUCAAGAAAGGUAAAGAAAAACAUGAACACAAACGAUCGUGGCCUUACCCUCUUGAGAUUAGUCUUCAUAUUUUCUCUUCUUUACUUCCCUUACUUAGCCAUAUCUGAAACGCCGUGCCCGUACCCGUGUUAUCCGCCGCCCAUUGGCGGUGGCUCCUCCACGACUCAACCACCACCAUAUCCUCCUCCAGCCUUUAACUACCCUUAUCCAGCUGGAAAUUUACCAAAUUACCCUUCGCCACCAUACAUCGGUGGAGGCGGUAGUGGCAGCUUCCAUGGUCCUCCACCGCCGGAUGCUAUCUUACCUUACUUCCCCUACUACUUUAGAAAACCUCCUCACCAGACGGAACAAACAUCCUCGUCUCCACUUGUGGCGGUUUCAGGGAAAUUGACGGUGAGGAUCAUAGCCAUGGGAAAUCUUGUGGUAGUUGGACUUCUCUGUAAUAUUUGGUAAUCAAGUUAGUUACUAAGUAACUAUUGCUAAAACCUUAUAUGUUUAUAAAAAUAUAUUGUAAUAUACUUCAGAGGUCUAAAGCAGAAAAAGAAGUUGGCUUAA